AUGAAUACCACGGAAACCGUUUCAUCAACACAAAAGCUUACAUUGAGAGCAUCUAGUCUGUCAGAGAGAAAAUUCUUGGACCUUAAAAACCGCAUUAUCAAGCCUGAAAACUACGAAGCAGUGAAAAAAUCAUGGAAAAGACUGCUCGAGGGUUUAGCAGAAAAAACCCAGGAAAUUGAGCGUGCGGGCUCUUCCUACAUACCAGAGGUGAGUUGGUCAGACAUUGAAAGUAAUGGAUAUACCAUUCCUAAGGAGCCUGCCUCCCUGUUCAACGAGCGUGGGUGUUUGAUUAUUCGCGAUCUGAUUGAGGAUGAUAUGUGCACACAGUGGAGAGAGGAGACCAAGCAAUACAUCAAACAUCAUCCAGGCAUCACAGGAAGCCCACAUUCCGGAGUUGCUAGUAAUUGGUAUAUUCACUGGUCCAAAGCCCAAGUGGAAGCAAGAAGCCAUCCACGGAUGAUACAGUUGAUGAAGGCUGUUGGCGCAUUGUACAGGAACAAUAACCUGGACGCUCUUUUGGACAUGGAUUCACAGGUUGUUUAUGCUGAUAGGUUGAGGAUCAGAUAUCCUGGACGAGAUGUUACCUUACCUUUGCAUCUGGAUUCAAGCUCCAUAGAAAGAUGGGAGGACGAUAAUUACAGGGACGUUUAUCGUGAGAUUUUCGAGGGCCGGUGGGAAGACUGGGAUCCCAACCUCAUCGAUAGGAGACCACAAGGAACACAGGACCUAUAUCAGGGAAUGAGUAGCAAUGGGUCCACCUCCAGUGUGUUCCGCGCAUUUCAAGGCUGGCUGGCUUUGUCCGACGCAAAAGCUGGAGAAGGAACUAUAAGGUUUCUUCCGGACCUAAAAUAUGCACUCGCAUAUAUACUGCUAAGACCAUUCUUUGACCAGAAUGGUGAACUCGACUUCAGCUCGAGUAACUUUCCUGGCGCGACCCCUGGCUCGGGACAAUUCCUAGCCCAUGAUCAGGAUCUAUUUCCGCAUUUAAACCAUGAAAAAAGUGUUGUUGGAAUUCCCUAUGUCAGACCAGGUGACUUCGUUCUUUGGCACGCAGAUCUGCUUCAUGAAGUUGAUAAAGAACAUAAAGGCAGUAAGGAGUCCUCAGUUCUCUACGUUGCCCAUACCCCAUUGUGUCCUUAUAACAUUGAAACUCUGCAAGAUUCCAAAGCGUGCUUUAACACUGGUAAGAAGCCCCGUGAUUUCACAUUUGAAUAUAAGUACGGUCCUGAUGAAUCAAUGUUCGAAGACAGGGGUAUGAAGGGAAAUGUGUUGACGCAGGAAGGUCUGCAGUCAUUGGGGUUGGUGCCUUUCAAUACAGAAGAGGAUGGUCUCACGCCCGGCCAAGUUGCUGUGCGUAAAUUGGCCAACAAAACUAUAUUUGGGAUUUAA